UGAUCGAGGGCAUACUGGUCCCACUGGUGCAAAAGGUGAUCGAGGGGAAACUGGUGUCAGUGGUGUAAGAGGCCAAAAGGGGUCAACUUGUCCUAAAGCUACAAAAGCUGAAAAGGGUGAAAAAGGUGAAAAAGGCGAUCAAGGGCCAAAAGGUGAAAGAGGAAACAGUGAAGACAUUUGCCAAUGGACACCAUGGUCUCCAUGGAGUGUUGGACGAUGCAGUAAACCAUGUGGAGGAACACGUCUUGAAACAAGAACCAGAAGAUACACUCAUUGUGUUUCUGGUACAGCUACAGAAACAAGGAUCAUGCCAUGCACACCAUGUAAGUACUGUGAAUGGAGCACAUGGGGGCCUUGGGAAGUUGGAUCAUGUGAUACACAUAAAUGUCUGCGUAUUGUGGCGAAAUAUCGAGGAAACAGUUUUCUUUCUCUGGCAGUUCAACUAUUUGUUUAGGAUCCUCAUUAGAAGAACGUUACUAUCCUUGUUGUUAAUGUUCAAAAUGUUCAAAGGCCAGCGAAAAAUAGUGUCCUCUUUGAGAACUAUAAUGGCACAAACAUCUGAACUUGGUGCACUUUAUUGAUACCAUAUUUUCUCUAAUAAUAUUCUCCAGUGAUAUAACCAAUAACCAUCAAAAUAUGUCAAUCAAUUUAAAAACAAAAUGUUGAUCAUGUUACAGCAAACAUUAUCGAAAGUUUGGCUUUAUUGAAGUUUAUAAUAAAGACAGUUUGGAAGGACCAACAAAUUGAAUUAUUUUGAUACAUGGUCCCAGGCUCGAACUUGUAAUUCAGGAGAAGAGGGUUCAUAUUAAACAUUGGCUUGUUAAACAUGAUAGGUUGCAUUCAUAAACAUUACAGCCGAUGUACAUUAGAAUGAGUAAUAUUAUGAG